CCCCGUAGUUGGCGUCUUACUGUAGUCGUGUGUGGCAUGGCGAUAGUUGGGGUUGUCAGGGCAGUUUCAAAGUCCACUAAGAUAGGAAUCCGAUAUAUUUUAGGUACUACCAAUGUUAAGAGUCCUUUCAUCAGUUAUCACAGUUCGGUGAGAUUAAAGUCAUCGCCAACGACUGUUGUUUCUCCAGACGCAACUGUAGAUACAGCUCGGAAAAGCAAUGAAGAAACCCCGCCAGAAAGAGAUCCUUUAGACCUUACCUUUGAAAAUACGCAAGCCGCAUAUAAAAGCAAGAAAACAUGGGAGCUUGUUCGAGGUUUGCUUGUAUUAAAACUGAGUUCUUAUCCCUAUUUAGUGGAGAACCACGAAAAGCUACUAGGUUUAGCUCAACGUAUACUUGGGAAAAGAUUAUUCCAGUUGUUAAUGAAGCUGACAUUUUAUGGACAUUUUGUUGCUGGAAAAGAUGCACAGGAUAUCAAACCAACCAUAGAAUGUCUUGGAUCAUUUGGAGUAAAGUCCAUAUUGGAUUAUAGUGCAGAAGAAGACCUAAGUGAGGAGGAAGCAAAGGAAGCUGAAAUGGCGUCUUGUAUAUCAGCUGCAGAUGAGACCAAAAGCAAAGACCCAUCACGCAUGAAGCAGUUUCAGGUUUAUGAACAGUUUGCUGAUCGUCGUAAAUACAAUGUGACUGCAAGGACUUACUUUUACUUAAGUGAAGCUCAGUGCGAGAGAAACGUAGACACAUUCUUGAAGUGUAUUGAUGCUGUAGCAGGGGCCACUAAGAGCACAGGUCUGGCAGCAAUCAAAAUGACGGCAUUGGGCCGACCUCAAGUACUGAUUCAACUCUCUGAGGUGAUUGUUAAUACACGAAAGUACUUCAAGGAAGUCACAGGAACUCAGAAAAACAUGAUCAUGAGUAAUGUAAAGCCAUCUUACAUAGAGCAUAAACUUGACGAUAUGCAUGUAAAUACGCAUCAAGAUGAAGUUGUAAAGUGGUUACAGCAGAUGGACUAUGAUAAAAAAGGAUUGAUGAACAUAUUUUCCUGGAGUGACUUGGUGGAUAUGAACUAUGUGUUGUCUGAGUUGUUUAAAGUUCCUAGUAUCAAGACUGGACGAAUGGAACCACUGAUACGUGCCUUGACUGAUGAAGAAGAAGAAAUGUUUAAAAAUAUGAUGAGGCGUUUACACUACAUUGCUCAAGUUGCCAGAGAGAAGGAUGUACGAGUUAUGAUUGAUGCUGAACAGACCUACUUUCAGCCUGCUAUCAGUCGUAUUACAAUGGAAUUAAUGCGCAAGUAUAAUAAAGAAAAAGCAAUAAUUUUCAAUACAUACCAGUGCUAUUUGAAGGAAGCCUACAACAACGUUGUUCUUGACCUUGAACUAGCCAAACGUCAGGGUAUCUUUUUUGGGGCUAAACUUGUUCGAGGGGCAUAUAUGGAACAGGAACGUCUUCGAGCUAAACAAGGUGGGUAUGAAGACCCAAUCAAUCCAACUUAUGAGGCUACAAGCGAUAUGUAUGAGCGAACUUUAAAUGAAAUUAUGCAUCAAAUAAUUACUCGAGGGGACAGGAAAAUUGCUAUCAUGGUGGCAACUCAUAACGAAGAUACGGUCCGCUUUACAGUGAAUAAAAUGAAGGAACUGGGUAUAAAACCUGAUGAAAAGUUAGUGUGUUUUGGACAGUUGUAUGGAAUGUGUGACCAAAUAAGCUUUCCUCUAGGUCAGUCUGGGUAUUCCGUAUACAAAUAUGUUCCAUAUGGUCCAGUGCAGGAAGUUCUACCUUAUCUGUCACGUCGUGCUAGAGAAAAUAGCAGUUUGCUUUCCAAACUGAACAAAGAGAGAUAUCUCCUAAGAACUGAAAUUAUUCGACGUAUUAAAUCGGGACAGGUGUUUCACACCCCAAAAGGAAAUUACACUCCUGUUUAAUAUUUUGCAGAUCUUCCAUGAUUUUGUUUUCCCCCCUUGAAUUCAACGGCAUAUGUACAAUAAAGGUUGUUUUGCAGAAUUUCGGCUUUUGAAAGAAACGUGGUACUGCAAAAAACUUUUGUACAUUUUACAUAUAAACAUGAUUUCUUUGCUCGUAA